UCGAUGAUCAUUUCGAUCAUAGAUGCAAAUUACGUAAGUGAGGGGUUGUUGGCCCAUCCAUAUUGCAGAUGUGUGCAAUCAGCGGUAUUUGUCCUGAGAGAGUGCACCUGUUCUAUUGUCAUCUACUGAAAAAUUCUGUGGAGAGGUAAUUCCUCAAUUCCGCAGUUCAAUUCCAUGGAGCAUCAAGACUGGACAGUCGACACCAGUUACGAGCUGCUGGUGUACAAACUCAUAAUGUGGCCAUUGGGAAUUUGGCCGCUCAAUAAAGGAGAGUUAUUCUCAGAGAUUCGACUACUCCUUGCAGCAUCCACUCAGGCUGCGACAUUCAUCUGUUUGACCCUCGAGAUAUUGAACAAUUGUCGUGGUGUGGAAAUCGUCCUUGACCUUUUUGUCCUGAGUGUCUUCUCGCUGCUGGCAUGUGUCAAAGGGUUAAUAGUGCAUCAUCACAUCCAUAACAUGUCCGAGAACGUUCGUUCUGCGAUCGCAGACUGGUCAUUGCUUUCCCAAACAGACAACUCCCAAAAUAAAGAGCUGAUGACAAAAUACGCACGAAUAGGAAAACUCGUCUGCUUCUCGCUGAUGAUUCCAGCCUCCGGUGGCACCCUCUCCUGGAUCAUCCUUGCUCUACCACUUCCCAUGUUCCUCCCAGCAAACAGCUCCAACGUCAUCAAGAACUUUCCACUCCAAACGGCUUGCACAUUUGAUCCCAUAACAACUUCCAAAUUUUAUUACCUCAUUUUUGGUCUGCAAAUGUAUCAACUGGUAACGACAUGUCUCGGUAACUGCGGCAAUGAUGUAUUCUUCUUCGGCAUGUCGAUGCACACCUGUGGACAGUUGGAAAUAUUGCAGAAUGAUCUCACUGAUAUUGAAAUUGAGAAAGAAGAGUCGAACAACUGGAGGAAGUUGAAAGGAAUGGUGAAGAGACAUGUCCACCUGAUUGAAUUGGUUGACAAAUUGGAGGGCACAUUCAACAUGAUUAUCUUGGCGCAAUUGAUUAUGAGUGCUGUGCUGAUAUGCAUUAUGGGUGAGUCCAUCUGUAAAAGAUAUUACCGUCAAUUGAUAAUUGAUAUUUCAUUUGGAAUAGGACUGCAGGUGAUAAUAGCACUGAAAACUGGUGACAUGUUUGCCGCGGUCAAAGCUAAUAUUGUCCUGUCAUCUCUGAUGUCACAAUUGUUCUUGUACAGCUACGGCGGUGACUGCUUGACCACACAAAAUGCAUCAGUGGCUCUUGCUGUCGACAAAAGCCCGUGGUAUAAAGCCUCAGCGGUUACAAUGAAAAAUGUCGCCUUCAUCAUGAUGCGAGCUAAUAAACCAAUUUACGUCACAGCUGGAAAAUUUUUUGACAUGACACUGAGCACAUUUAUGGAAAUUUUGAAAGCUUCCGUGUCCUACAUGUCUGUUCUCCGGAUAGCAAUUGAUGUGUAAUGUGUACAUUGUGUUUAUUAAUUUAUCCUUGUGUAAUAAUGUUGAAUACUCAUGGGAAGCAACAAAUACGGAUGAUGAACUUACCACUUCAUACUGACGUACUACACAAAUUGUGAAGACUGCGGAUUAACUUUAUUUAUUUUAUUGAUUAUUAUGUAAAUUAUUAUGUAAUCUUUCAUAUCAGUAAACGUGGAGGUCUGAAAAGCUAUCAAUAAUCUUGACACUUUAAUUUCAUCUCGUGAGUUGCAGAAGAACCAGUCGGAGAUGAGAUUGAUUUUUGGUUUAUGUAUAAUAAUAAAUAAAUGAACUCAGAAUUGGCGCAAGCAUGAGUUCAUUGUUCCGUGAAGAAUUGGAAGGAGCUCAUCACUUU